UUCCCUUCCCGUCCCUGCCCGUCCCUCCCCGCCGCCGCUCCGCGAGGGGCAGGGCCGGCCUCCCCUCGCUGUCCCCGGCCCGCUCGGCCCGGCCGCGGCUGCCCCGGUGAGGAGCGGCUGAGGGGGCCGGGCUCUGUCCCCGGGGCCCGGGGCACAGCGCUGGCAGCGGCCGGAGCCGCCAUAGCGACGGCGGAGCUGGGCCUGGAGCGCGGGGCCGUUCGGAGCCAUCGCCGCGGGGAAGGGCCCGGCCCGGCCCGGCCCGGCCCGCAGCUCGGCCCCUGCUCCUGCGGCUGGAAAUGAGCCCCAAGCCCUGAGCGAUCGGGCACGGGAGCAGCGGGGGGACUUUAACCCCGAGCGGGUGGUGGUGGUGUCGUUGUUUGUCCGCAGCAGCCCCAGGCCGGGGCCAGCGCCGUUCCCGUGUCCUGAGGGAGGAGAAGGGUCCGGGCCUGGAGGGAUGCUCAGGGAGCGGCUCCUCGGCUCUGCCUCUGCGCUGCCCUGACUCGAAAGAGUGGUGGUAACUACAGAAAAGUUAAAUGUCUUCAGAGGACAAGGAGGCUCAGGAGGACGAGCUGCUGGCUCUGGCCAGCAUCUACGAUGAGGAUGAGUUUAAGAGAGCAGAGUCUGCCCAAGGAGGAGAAACAAGAAUUUGUCUGGAGUUGCCUCAAGACUUCAAAAUUUUUGUGAGGGGCAGUUCCACAGAGAGCCUCCAGAGCAGUGGGUUUGAAUAUUCCGUGUGCUUCCUGCCUCCCCUCGUGCUGAACUUUGAGCUCCCACCUGACUACCCAUCGACCUCCCCGCCCGUGUUCACCCUCAGUGGGAAAUGGCUCUCCCAGGCCCAGCUCAGCGCUCUUUGCAAACACUUGGACAAUGUGUGGGAAGAGAACCGAGGCUGUGUGGUCCUGUUUGCCUGGAUGCAGUUUCUGAAGGAGGAAACAUUGAAUUACCUGAAUAUUUCAUCGCCAUACGAGCUGAAAAUGUGCCCUCAGGGCAAGGGGCAGAGCUGGACACCAGUGGGGCCCCUCGAGCCUGGGAAGGACUGUGGGGGUGCCACAGGCUCUGCCACAGCUGAGGAGGAAAUCGUGGAUGCCAGGGCUGUGCAGGAUGUGGAAUCCUUGUCCAGUCUGAUCAGGGAGAUCUUGGACUUCGACCAGGCCCAGAGGAGGAAGUGCUUUAACAGUAAGAUGUACUUGUGCAGUAUCUGCUUCUGUGAGAAGCUGGGCAGUGAGUGCAUGCACUUCACCGAGUGCAGCCACGUGUACUGCAAAGCCUGCCUGAAGGACUACUUUGAAAUCCAGAUCAGGGAUGGACAGGUGCACUGCCUCAACUGCCCCGAGCCCAAGUGUUCUUCUGUCGCCACUCCAGGCCAGGUGAAGGAGCUGGUUGGGGAGGAGCUGUUUGCCCGCUAUGACCGCCUGCUGCUGCAGUCCAGCCUGGACCUGAUGGCUGAUGUGGUUUAUUGCCCCCGGCCUGGCUGCCAGACCCCCGUGAUGCAGGAGCCCGGCUGCACCAUGGGCAUCUGCUCCUGCUGCAACUACGCCUUCUGCACCCUCUGCAAGAUGACUUACCAUGGUGUGUCCCCCUGCAAGGUCACUGCAGAGAAAUUAAUGGAUUUGAGGAAUGAGUAUUUAGAAGCAGAUGAGACAAAUAAAAGAUUUUUGGAACAACGCUAUGGCAAGAGAGUGAUUCAGAAAGCCCUGGAGGAGAUGGAGAGUAAGGAAUGGCUGGAAAAGAACUCCAAGUCUUGUCCUUGCUGUGGGACCCACAUCGAGAAACUGGAUGGCUGUAACAAGAUGACCUGCACAGGGUGCAUGCAGUAUUUCUGCUGGCUCUGCAUGGGCUCCCUGUCCCGGGCCAACCCCUACCGGCACUUCAACGACCCCUCCUCCCCCUGCUUCAACAGAUUGUUUCAAGCCAUGCACAUUGAUGAUGGGGAGUUCUGGGAAGUGGAAGAUGAUGAUCAGUAGCCUCCUCCAGCACCAAAAAGUGAAGGAACCAGAGGCAGAUGCUUUUUGUGUGUCCUUUGUUUGCUUUUCACUUCCAUUGUGUGACAGAAGAGUGGUAACUGCCCUGCACUGCAGGACAUUCACACCUCAGAGCCUGUUGCCAAAACCAAAGGAGACUUUUCCCCAUCAUGGGAUCAGGAUCAUCAUGGAAUGCCCACACAAACAUGUCCAUUAUUAAAGAAGCCAGAAAUUGGAAAACCAUUGGAAAAAUAUAUACCAAGAGGUGCCCCUUUUUUAAAAGCCAACAGAUAAAACUGAAGCCUCAAAUCCUGGAAGUAUUUUGGGGGUUUCCUUUAGGGAGACUGACCCCUGGAGACUCUUGGAUCAUGAAUAUUGUGGGGCUUGGGGUGGUUUGGUGGAGCUGUAGUGCUCUCUGGAGUUGCUUGGGCUGGGGGAGUUUCCUGAUACAAUACAGAGAAUUUCUUCCAUAUUCAGCAACAGUUUGUUGCUUUUAUGAAUUUCCUGAUGUGCUUCUCUGAAAAGCAGUUCUGGCUGUCACUGGUACUUUCUGAUGACAUUAAAGCUGAUUAUCCCCAACCCUUC